AUGACACCACCACCAGGCGACAUCACUCAUGUCCCAGCACCCUGGAAACUCAAGGGCACAGUGUACCUGUUUCCAUUCUGGACCAACAAGGGGGACUUUGCGACGGCAAAGUCGGCUGGCCUCGCCUUCUCGCCUCUAGAGGGCAACUCGGACUAUGCUUUGCCAGAUGGCAACGAGUAUCUCGGUGGGCUGGGCGUGGUGCAGAUUAUCCGCUAUACCGAAAGUCCAGUCGGCCCCUACGAUGAGCUUAUAAUUAUCCCAGGCUUCUGGAAUCAUGUGGUCGAAGAGAAUGGGAAGCGGGUAAAGAAGAAGAACGCCAGGAUCACCAGGAUCUAUGUGUCGCAGAAGUACACCUGUUGGAACGGAAGGAAGAACUGGAACAUCCCAAAACAUCUAGCAUCUUUCGAGUUCAAGGAGACACCAAAUGGAAGCACAGCCGUCAAGGUCUUCCACCACGAUGUGCCAUCUGACCCUACCGAGGCUUCUCCCUCAAAGUUUCCGUUGUUUCAAGCCUCUUUCAAGCCAAUUCCGCUGGUCCCGUCAUUUCCAAUAUCCGCAAACCUGCUCAACUACUUGGGAUUUGACGCGACACUUGUACAGCCGCCUCUCCCAGAAGGCAAGGACGCAAGUCACAGAGAGUUGCCUGGCACGGACAAGUGGUGCGCCAUUGUCCCGGGUCAAUACACGAGGAGGGCAACCGUUGGCUGGAUGGAUCUGCAGCAAGGCCUAGGCGAGACUGACUUUGAGAAUUUCUGGCCAGGCAUGAAGAGGUGGCAUGUCGGAGUGAGGAUGGAGGAUUCCGAGAUCACUUUUGGCGAGGGUACAUAUUGGGACCCGCCCAAGUCGCAGCUUUGA